CAACCAAACGACAUUUGAAGCGAUAGAAUCUUCGCUUUUAUCUCUCGAUUUUCAAUGAACCCUAUCAACUGUAACUGCGAUCUACGAUGGUUACGUGAUUGGAUGAGUGGACAUAUUGACGUCAUUGACGAGAACCGAACCGUCUGUUCAUCGGCCUCUUUAGAGCCUCUUCGCGGGAAACCUUUGCUUGAUUUUGAUCCCAAUACACUUUGUGGACUUAACAUUGCUCUUGUAUGCUUGACUCCUCUCGCCGGCAUUUUCUUGAUUGUCGUUGUCGCAGUCCUUUAUCACAACCGAUGGCAGUUAAAGUACAAACUCUUUCUCUUGAAACUAAUGGUAAUUGGAUAUAAAGAGAUGCGAGAUGCUCGGGACCACGUCGACUACGAGUUUGACUUGAAUAUCAUCUUCUACGAUGACGACGAAGAAUGGGUUCGUCAACAACUCCAACCAGCUCUGGAAGAAUGGCUUCCGCAGUUCGAGAGGAAUGUCAUUGGUGAUCAAGACCUCGUCAUUGGUAUGCACUAUCUGGAAGCCGUCGACUACGUGGUGACCCAUAGUUACAAAACGCUCAUUCUACUCAGCAGAGCGGCUGUGCACGAUCGCUGGUUUAUGCUCAAACUCCGCACCGCCAUGGACCAUGUGAGCGACACCGAGACCGAAUUCGUAGUCGUGGUCUUUCUCGAAGACAUCCCUGACGAGGAGAUACCAUAUUUGGCAAGGUUAUAUUUAAGUGACGGUAGACCCUACCUACAUUGGACCGAGGACGUGAGAGGACUCGCUUUUUUCUGGAAUAAACUGGUAAAAAGUCUCACCAUUAAUCUCAGGACCAAUGACUUGAUCCCCAACGAGUAGUAACGGUCUGACUUAUUUUCGGGAUAGUGUGUUCCAUUCUACACUACUGUCCACAUCUCAGAGUUUAGUAUAUCUGAUUUAUGUAUUAAGCUAAGAGCACUUAUGUCUACUGGAGCUUGGAUCAGACUAAAUAUGAAGUGGCAAACACACUUGAUGUCCAUUUAUAUUCAGAAAUCCAUAAUAUGUGGUCAUGCAUUAAUUAUGAUACACUAAAUAGCGAAAUACCCUGGUUUUGCUCUUGUGCAGUAUACCGGUUGAGGGAAGAAAUAGCAACAAAUACAUCUUCAUGUUACUCUAUACACACUGAGAAAUAAAAGGUAUUCUUUUGGGCAUAUUAUUUGUAAGGUAUU